CUUUCAUUGUUAGUUUGUGAUUCUUUGGGUGGAAUGAAACAGCGUUCCCUUUUACUUGCCUUGUUUAUCUUCAGUAUCUAUGCUUGUUAUCAUGUCUCUGCUAACGACAGACUUUGUUUCUGUCUUUCAAAUGAUAACACAUUUCUAGAAUAUGAGGUAGUGGGUAUUUAUACGGGCUUAGACUGUGGGGAAUGCACCAAUACUACAUGCGCUUCCCUUUUCAAAAUUGAAUCUGGCUAUGCUUCUUCCCUAUGUAGCUAUACAGGUGUCACAGUCGUGGAAGAUCUUUCUGGAGAUAUUGUCAGCGCAGAAACGGCGAUUGAGAGAGUUAUCCUGGAUAAUAUCACCAAAGCACUAAAAACUCUUUCUGCUGAUCUCAAAAAGGACUUUAAUAGUCUUGAUUCCACUGAAAAUGAGAUUUUAAGUAAUCUUUCCACUAUUAGUAAAGAAAUUAGGAAGAUUGACUUGGAAGAGAUGAUAUCGAAGAUUCACGAAUUGUCGGAGGAUAUCAAGAGCAACUUUAGUUUAGUUUAUAGCAAUUUUUCGAGCUUGGAAAGUGAUUCUGCUACCAUUGAAAACGAUAUAUCAGUUUUGAGAACGAAACUCGUUUCGAUCGAUAAUGAACUUUCGAAUGUGGUGAGCAUCACAAAGAACACCGAGAACGAUGUCGAAGUCAUUCUAAGCUAUAUGGAUACCAACUUUUCCGAAGUAGAGACAGACUUGAAGACCAUUAUUUCAACUGUGCAACAAGAAUUUAGCUACGAGAAAGCAAAGCUGCUUGAAAUAUGGGAGAACACUGAAAACAUUGAAGACGUCCUCAGCAACAUGGAUAUGUAUAUGAGUAGCAACUUCUCCUUGGUUGAAGCCAAUUUGGAGACCAUUAUUUUGGAUGUAAGAGAAGAUUCUAACGAGGAGCUUCUGAAACUUACAGAAAUAUUGGACAAUACUGUGACCAUAGAAAAUGACCUGAGCGUUAUGAAUAUGUAUAUGAGUACAAAUUUCUCCGAAAUCGAGACGACACUGAAGACCAUUAUCAAUAAUAUGCAGAACGAGUUUAUGGAGGAAUAUGCCAAGCUUGUUGAAAUAUGGAAUAACACUCUGAAGAUCAAAGCUGAUAUUGUAGACGAGAACGUGUAUAUAAGUAACAACUUUUCGGAGAUUGAGACAAACUUGCAAACAGUUAUUACCACCAUGCAAAAAGAGUUCACAGAGGAGUAUAUGAAAAUCGUUCAAAUAUGGCAGAAUACAGUCAACAUUGAACAGGAACUCAAUACUGUGAAUGCUUAUCUGGAUUCUAACUUUUCUUCAGUUGAAAGCGAACUUUCCCAGUUUGAGGAGAAUGUGUUGAAUGAAAUCCAGACUAUGUGUCAUGAAAUGAAUGUGACAGUGGACGUUGAGGAUAUUCUGAAGGAACUGCUGAACAUUCGCUUGAAUGUCACAGUCGAACAGCAAGUUCCACAGUAUCCUUGUCCAUAUUAUCGACCUCCAUACCAACCACCUUGUUGGUCAAAUAUGCCACCUCCUUAUAUGAUGAGUUAGUUUCGUGAUAGUUUGAGUGGGUUUGUGUAGAAGUAUUGAGUGUUGCUUGAUAAGUCUGUUAAAUAUGUUUGU